UCGGCGUGUGGUAUCCAGCCCCAUGCACUGUUUACCUUGCCCUCAUCCCGACUUCCUCUGUUGCCGUGGAAGCACCCAUUCUCUCUCUACGGUGCCAUUACCAGUGGCUCAACUAUUUUUCUCUCUCUAAAUGAAGCCUCCCCAUCUUUAUACAACCACGACUCCAUAGAUAAAUCUCUCUUUCUCUUCCUUUAGACAUGAUUCUCUGUCCUACCAUCACUUGCUCGCAACCCAAGAAGCUACAAUUUCCUCUUUUUCUCUCUACUCGACUCCAUGGAAAUUUGCAUGUUUCUCUCUCUAAACCCGUUUCAGGGUAUUUGGGAAACUCUCGUGCUUCUCUCUCUAGACCCAAGUCUCUGUCUUUUGAGAAUUCUUAUAUUUCUCUCUCUGCACCAAUUAUAAGCACUCGGUCUCGUUGGGUUCAUCCAAUAUGCAAGAGAAGCGCUCCUAUUUGCCUUUUUGGAGGCAAAGGAAAUUCAGAUAAAGGAAACCAGGAAUCUCCAUGGAAAUCACUGGGAAAGGCCAUGGGGGGGUUAAAGAAGAAAUCUGCAGAGGAACUAUUGAGAGAACAAAUACAAAACCGUGACUUUGGUGAUGAUGAGGGUGGUAGCGAUCGCCCAGGUGGAGGUGGGGGUGGAGGUGGAGGUGGUAGUUUUGGUGAUUCUGAUGAUGAAGGAUUUUAUGGAAUUUAUGAGGAAUUUGUUCAAGUGGCUUCAGCAACUAUGGCUUUCAUUUUCCUGUAUUAUUACAUUUUAGAGGGUGAGGAGUGGGUGCGUCUCGUCGUGGAUUAUAUUCGCUACUUGUUCAGUGGAAGGAAGAGCAUACGGUUGACCAGUUUCAUAUUUAGAGUGAGUGGUGCAAUUAAAAGAUGGAAAAUGAAGAGACUGCCAAAAAAGCAGAGAUCAUUAGAAGAGGAGAUCGUGAAUACCCCAACUUGGUGUCAUAAUCCAAAAGCGAUCAUUUGAGGCUUCAGCUUGCUGUGAAGAAGCAAGAGGUUCCUGAUGCUUCAUAUUAAACUUGGAUAUUCAACUAACUGAUUUUCUUUCUAUUCCUUGUUUUUCUCCUUUGCUGAGUUCCUUCUCAUGGACGGGCCAAGUUCCAAAAACUAGUCUCAGAUUUUGUUUUUUCCAAUGAUAUAUGAUUUGAGGUUUUUCUUCUUAUUUU